AUGGUGAUACGAAAAUGUGGUAUAGCGUUCCAGAAACAGUCACCUGAUCACCACCAGAUCAGUCAGUACACAGUCGGCUCCACAGCCAUCACUUCAGUCAGUCCUGAUCACGUCGGGAUCAGUCAGUACACAGUCGGCUCCACAGCCAUCGCUUCAGUCAGUCCUGAUCACAUCCGGAUCAGUCAGUACACAGUCGGCUCCACAGCCAUCACUUCAGUCAGUCCUGAUCACGUCGGGAUCAGUCAGUACACAGUCGGCUCCACAGCCAUCGCUUCAGUCAGUCCUGAUCACGUCGGGAUCAGUCAGUACACAGUCGGCUCCACAGCCAUCGUUUCAGUCAGUCCUGAUCACGUCGGGAUCAGUCAGUACACAGUCGGCUCCACAGCCAUCGCUUCAGUCAGUCCUGAUCACGUCGGGAUCAGUCAGUACACAGUCGGCUCCACAGCCAUCGCUUCAGUCAGUCCUGAUCACAUCCGGAUCAGUCAGUACACAGUCGGCUGGCUUGGUCUCCAACCAGCCAUCCAUUCAGUCAGUUCUCUACACGGCUACCCUGCCAUCGAACUAUCCAGUUCCAUCGAUCCUCCUUCAGUAUGGCACCGGUCCCGAUCGCCUUCAGCGAUCCGAUCACGACAGUACCACAUCUCUCCAUGGCGAGGAUCGUUCCAAGCACAGUAUCCGAUCCUUCCUUCAGUUCAUCAGAAUAGGCUGAUAGCGUAUGCUGUCGCACACCGAUCACACCCAAACCGUACACAGUAUCCGAUCGGGGUUGAUCAGAUCAGGGCAUCGAACCCAACUCAGGCCCGCGACCACUGCAUCUCGAUCUUAACCACCGCAGAUAACUCCAGACGCCUCCCAUCAGAUCAGAUCGGACAACGUCGCAGUAAACCAACAAACCUGCGGUCUCUACGAGACUCCGAUCGGCCUUCCAGCCAACGCUCUCUUGUUCCCGAUCUGUCUCUCUUAUCAGACAGAGUCGCAGUGAACGGACAGCCCAGCGGUCUCUAUCUGAGACCCCGAUCCGCCUUCCCGGAUCUUCAGUACGACCCUUGGCUCAGUCCGCAAGGAUCAAAACAGUCACCUGAUCACCACCAGAUCAGUCAGUACACAGUCGGCUCCACAGCCAUCACUUCAGUCAGUCCUGAUCACGUCGGGAUCAGUCAGUACACAGUCGGCUCCACAGCCAUCGCUUCAGUCAGUCCUGAUCACAUCCGGAUCAGUCAGUACACAGUCGGCUCCACAGCCAUCACUUCAGUCAGUCCUGAUCACGUCGGGAUCAGUCAGUACACAGUCGGCUCCACAGCCAUCGCUUCAGUCAGUCCUGAUCACGUCGGGAUCAGUCAGUACACAGUCGGCUCCACAGCCAUCGUUUCAGUCAGUCCUGAUCACGUCGGGAUCAGUCAGUACACAGUCGGCUCCACAGCCAUCGCUUCAGUCAGUCCUGAUCACGUCGGGAUCAGUCAGUACACAGUCGGCUCCACAGCCAUCGCUUCAGUCAGUCCUGAUCACAUCCGGAUCAGUCAGUACACAGUCGGCUGGCUUGGUCUCCAACCAGCCAUCCAUUCAGUCAGUUCUCUACACGGCUACCCUGCCAUCGAACUAUCCAGUUCCAGUACAAGUCUCAGUCCAUUCAAAACCGAUCCAUCAAGACUCGGCGCAAUGCCAUAA